UUGGCUAUAAAAGGCAGCAACAAGUAGUAGUAGCAGCAUUAUCAAAAAAAAAGUAGUAGUAGCAGCAGCAGAAGAAGUUGAUUGUUGAAGGAAAAAAGAAGAAGAAGCAAAGAAUUAAUAAUGGGUGGAAGAGUAGAGAGAAUAAAGCUGGGUUCACAGGGACUGGAGGUGUCUGCACAAGGCUUAGGGUGCAUGGGAAUGUCCGCCUUCUACGGUCCUCCAAAACCUGAUGAAGACAUGAUCUCUCUCAUCCAUCAUGCCAUCCACACUGGUGUCACUUUACUCGACACCUCCGACAUCUAUGGCCCCUUCACCAAUGAAAUCCUCCUUGGAAAGGCUUUGAAGGGAGGGGUAAGAGAGAAGGUGGAAUUGGCAACAAAGUUUGGUAAUAGCUUUGCGGAUGGGAAGAGGGAAAUCCGUGGCGAUCCAGGGUAUGUGAGAGCAGCUUGUGAGGCCAGUUUGAAGCGCCUCAAUAUUGAUUGUAUUGAUCUCUAUUAUCAGCAUCGUGUUGACACCCGCGUUCCCAUUGAAGUCACGAUUGGAGAACUCAAGAAACUAGUUGAAGAGGGUAAAGUGAAGUAUAUAGGUCUAUCUGAGGCCUCUGCUUCUACAAUCAGAAGGGCACAUGCGAUUCAUCCCAUAACUGCUGUGCAGCUAGAGUGGUCUUUGUGGUCUAGAGAUGUGGAGGAAGAAAUAAUUCCUACUUGCAGGGAACUAGGGAUUGGGAUUGUGGCAUAUAGUCCUCUAGGACGAGGGUUCUUUUCGUCUGGGUCUAAGGUUCUUGAAAAUUUGACGGACGAUGAUUUCCGAAAGUUCCUACCCAGGUUCCAACCUGAAAAUCUGGAGCAUAACAAAACCAUAUUUGAGCGUGUUAAUGAAAUGGCAGCAAGGAAGGGAUGCACCCCAUCACAACUAGCAUUGGCUUGGGUUCAUCACCAAGGAAAGGACGUGUGUCCCAUACCUGGAACCACCAAGAUUGAAAACUUUAACCAAAACAUUGGAGCUCUGUCUGUGAAACUAACACCAGAAGAAAUGGUUGAACUUGAAUCAUUUGUUGCUGAGGAUGUCGUGAAGGGCGACAGAUAUACGAAGGACGUUGCAACUUGGAAGGAUUCUGAAACCCCGCCACUUUCUUCAUGGAAAGCUACAUAAGCACAAGUCUAUUUCUAUGUAUCAAUAUGUACGUGAGUUUCAUGAGCUUUUGUCAUUCGUCAUGUAUCCACAAGUACGUUGAGUUUAGGUUGAGUUCUUGACUGCUUAAAGAAUAAGUACGUUAUGAUGAAAAUAAUAUAUGCUUGUAAAUUAUUAUCAUACCAGCUUUAACGACCUCGAUUAUAAACAUAGAAUACAAAUUAUCUAUC